CUGAAGGGGCCCCAGGCGAAGGGGGAGGUGGGCGUCGCCAUCCCCGGAGCGGAGGGGGACGUCAAAGGACUCGGCCCUAAGGGGGUCAAGAUGGACGUGAAGGCGCCUGACGUCGGAUUUGGAAGCCCGGGCGAGGUGGAGAUUUCCAGUCCCCAGAUGGACAUCUCCGGUCCCAAGGUCGAUGUCCAUGUGCCCAGCGUGGCCAUCAAAGGGCCGGAAGGCAAAGUGACCGGCCCCAGGGUCCGUGUGCCGGACGUUGACCUGACCCUGGAAGGCACCAAGGCGAAGGGUGACCUGGGUGUUUCCAUUCCCACGGCCACAGUGGAUUUGAAGGGCCCCCAACUCGAGCUCAAGGGCCCCCAAGUUGACGUUGGAGCCCCCGGACGUCGAUCUGCAUCUGAAAGCCCCCGACGUGGACAUCCAACGCCCGGCGGUCCCAAGGUCGAUGUCCAUGUGCCCAGCGUGGCCAUCAAAGGGCCGGAAGGCAAAGUGACCGGCCCCAAGGUGACGAUGCCCGAGAUGCACAUCAAGACCCCCCAAAUCUCCAUGCCCGACAUCGACCUGAACCUCAAAGGCCCCAGAGUGAAGGGGGACCUGGAUGUUUGCGCCCCGAAACUGGAAGGGGAGCUGAAAGCGCCGGGCCUUGACAUCAAGGGCCCCCAAGUUGACGUUGGAGCCCCCGACGUGGCCAUCCACGGAGGGGAACUGAAGAUCCCCAAACUCAAAAUGCCCAAAUUUGGGGUGCCCGGCCUGAAGGGGGAGGGCCCCGACGUCGACGUGACCCUUCCCAAGGGCGAGGUGGAGAUUUCUGGUCCCGAGGUGGACAUCUCCGGUCCCAAGGUCGAUGUCCAUGUGCCCAGCGUGGCCAUCGAGGGGCCGGAAGGCAAAGGGAAAGGUCUGAAAUUUAAAAUGCCCGAGUUAAACAUCCAGACGCCGAAACUGCCGGUGCCGGAUGUCGACCUCGGUUUGAAGGCCCCCAAACUGAAAGGAGAUGCCGAUCUUUCCGGCCUGAAGGCCUCGGGAGAUGUGAAGGGUCCCAAAAUCCAUAUGGAAGGUCCUAAAGUGGAUGUCGAGAUGCCUGAGGUAGACUUGGAAUGCCCGGAAGGGAAAAUCAAAGGCCCCAAAUUUAAGAUGCCGAAGCUCAACAUCCGAACGCCUAAAAUCUCCAUGCCAGAUGUGGAUCUGAACUUGAAGGGACAUAAAACGAAAGGAGAGAUGGAUGUUUCCCUGCCGAAGGUCGAAGGUGACGUGAAAGAACCCGGUGUUACCAUCAAGGGACCGAAAAUAGACGUUGAGGUCCCGGAUGUCAACCUGGAGUGUCCAGAGGCCAAACUGAAAGCGCCGAAAAUGAAAAUGCCCCAUUGGAACGUCUCCGGCCCGAAAUUGGAAGGAGCCGAUAUCGCUGUCCACCUGCCAAAGGGAGAGAUGGACAUCUCCGGGCUGGAGGCAGAUCUCGAAGGGCCAGAGGUGGAUGUCGGAGGAGCAGAAGGAAAAUGGAAAGGCCCCAAGUUCAGGAUGCCGAAGCUGAAUAUCAAAACACCCAAAAUCUCCAUGCCCGACGUGGACCUGAACCUAAAGGGCCCGAGAGUGAAAGGAGACCUGGAUGUGGCGGCCCCGAAGGUGGAAGGGGACGUGAAAGGGCCAGAAAUAGACAUUAAAGGGCCAAAACUAGACGUGGAGGCACCCAAUCUUGA